UGGGAAGGAAACGACUGGAACACGUUGGACCGGUUUGAUAAUGAUCUCCUAAACCUGAUGCAACUCUAUAUCCCCCAACUAUAACGUGCUCACGAGUGACUAUGACGAUGGUGACUUUGUGGGCACUGCUAUUCUACAUAGCUGCAGUCGGGCAGAGACACUAGAGACAUGAGGAGAUGCCAGGGCAGGUGAAGGAUUCUUUAUUCUCUAGACACAAUACCCUAUUGUUUAUUAUCCUUUAGGCUGGAAAAUUGUUUUUGUCCACAAAACAUAAUGGAGAAGUCUAUAUCAAAGGGACUAUGAGGAUUAUGGAGAAAGCAAAGCUGCCCGUACCAGACAUAUUAUUUUUGGGCAUUCCCCUAUGGACAAUAUGAAGGGGUAUUUGACUGUUUUGAUGCUUAGCGUCAUAUUUAUGAUUUCUACUUAUUAUCAUCGUAUACCAGGGAAAGAAGCAGGACCAAGGUACUGGAACAUUUCCACAGACACGAUCACCCCACUAGAAAACAAUAAAAUCUUUGUCAUUUCAGCUUAUUAUGAUGGCAGAGAGUCCAGGAGAGUGCGUGUGUUGACCGUCAUCAAAGGCGAAGACGUGACAGAGCUAUAUUGUAGGUUUUACUGUCUAAAUGGCUCUAAAAGUGUUCCGGUAAAAGCAACAAUAGAGGUUCACUCCAAAUGGUUUGAUUUUCAUUACGGUCCAGCAGAUGUGAUCUGCCCCAUGCCUUACUGUCAUUCUCACCACAUCUCCAUCCACUGGUCCGACAUAGAAAAUACAAGUCAUAUUCCCAUGUUUGAGAUCAAGAACCUCCAACCUCAGCCUUUCUCGGCAACCUUCACAGUGUGCAUUUCUACAAUGUUCGGAAAGCAGGAGAACGUAUUGCAAUUUAUCCAGACCAUGGAGAUGUAUCGUCUUCUAGGAGCCCAGAAGGUGGUCAUCUACAAGAAUGGCUGCAGUAAGGCCAUUGGACAAGUUCUGGAUUAUUAUGUAUCAGAAGGAAUUGUAGAGAUUGUUCCUUGGCCAAUAGACAAAUAUUUAAGAACAUCUGACGCCUGGUACCCAAGUAUGAACCCUGAAAACCAAAUUGGAUAUUACGGGCAGAUCGCAGCUCUGAGCGAUUGUCUGUACAGAAACAUGUACAAAAGUCGAUAUGUCACCUUCAACGAUAUGGAUGAAAUCAUCCUGCCGAGACUCCACAAAACCUGGGACGCCAUGAUGGACACUUUGGAGAAAGACUAUCCUGAUACAGCUGUGUACUUGAUAGAAAACCAUUACUACCCCAAUACCAUCACCGUUCCUGAUUUUGAGACAGCAUUCCCUAAAAGUGUUCCGGGAAUCAAUAUUCUACAGGUGAUACACUACGAGCCAGAAAGGCCAAAUACCUACAACAACCAUAAGAUGAUAGUCAACCCCCGCAAAGUCAUUCAGAUUUCAGUUCACUCCGCAUCAAAAACUUAUAGGCCAAGUGUUGAUGUUCCCAAUCACAUUGUAGGCCUUCACCAUUGCCGGACACCAGUGACACCAAAUCUCCCACAGACAUCCCUGAUAAAAGACACAACUAUAUGGAAAUAUAAUUCUUCUCUUAUUACAAAUGUGAACACGGUUUUAAGGCAACUGAACUAUCACUGAAAUCCAUGCUUCCUACAUCAAGGCGCCAGAGUAGCUGAAUUAUACCCACCGUCUGAAAUACAGGGUAUAAUAUCUAUGGGGGAGAUUUAUCAAAACCUGUCUAGAGGAAAAAUUGCUGAGUUUCCCAUAGCAACCAAUCAGAUCGCUUCUUUCAUUUUUUAGAGGCCUUUUCAAAAAUGAAAGAAGCGAUCUGAUUGGUUGCUAUGGGCAACUCAGCAACUUUUCCUCUGGACGGGUUUUGAUAAAUCUCCCCUAUAAGUAAUACCAGGCAUAGAGACAAUGGCCCAGAUUUAUCAAACUGUGUUAGAGAAAAUAUAGAGAGAUUUUCCCACAGCGACCAAUCACAGCUCAGCUAACAAGCUGAGGUAAAGUGAAACCUGAGCUGUGAUUGGCUGCUGUGGUAAAAUCUCUCUUAUUUUUUCUCUCACAUAGUUUGAUAAAUCUGGGCCAAUAUUUCCAUAGUUCUUCCAGAAUGUUUAUAUUCAUUUUUUUUUUAAUACAGUAAGAGAUAGAGACGGCACUCGCCAGUAAGAUUUUCUUCUUUAUUAAUUCCAACCACCUUUUCCUGUAUAGAUGUAAUAAUGU